AGAGUAAAAAAAAAAAAAAGCUCGUGCAGCUGCCGCUCCAUCCUUCGACCCUCACAGUCUCUCACACACCGAGCCGUGCGCCGCUCUCUCUUCCCGGACCUGCAGCCUUUCUCUCCCGCCGUGAGCAGCUCAGACCCACGCCAACAUGGAGGCCAUCAAGAAGAAGAUGCAGAUGCUGAAGCUGGACAAGGAGAAUGCUAUCGACCGAGCUGAGCAGGCCGAGGGCGACAAGAAGGGGGCCGAGGACAAGUGCAAACAGGUACCACCACACACAUGAACCACCUCAGGUUAGAGAGUCAGGAGCACUCUGAGCAGGAGACACUGGGAUGGGGGGGAAACAGGUGAGACUCAGGGGGUGGCCUGGAGAGGACUGAGCACAAAAAAGCUCUGAGUGUCCAUCAUUCUGAGCAGGUGUGUGAUGUUAGAGAGGUCUUCAGAAAUAGGUAGAAGUUAACACACCUUAUUGUGCAGCUCAAACAUCUGACCCCUGACCCCUUAUUAAACUAUGACACUUUGAACAGGUGUGUUUGGGAAAGCAGUAGAUCACAGGUGCAGGUCACAGAAAUAAAAUCUAGAUUUGACCUCAAAUGAUCUAAUUAAGUAGUUAAACAGACAGAUUUACGAGCUAAGGUGAAAGAGGGAGAGGUGUAAUCUUAAAAGAAUACAAAGUGCUUUGACAACAAACUAGACAGAAUUAAGAUUUAUAAAAUAUAUCAAAUAAAAUCCAAUACUCAACAUAAAGUGAACUUAAAAUCAUUAAAUAGACUGAGAGGACUGAGUUUGUAGCUUCAAACUAGUCUGGAAAUGUUUCACACGCGCGCGCACACACACGGAGACAGAGUCAUGUUUUUGUUGUAUCUGGAUGUCUCAGUGGUGAUGGAUUCAGACGAUGGGCUCCUCUUGGUUUGACCAUAAAUAGAAAACAAGCAGAGAGUCGAUCCAACAUGCUUCACGUCCCUACACUGGUCCAUAGAAACACACUGCUGCUGUAUACAGAGAUAGAGAGGGAGAGUGUGUGGAUGUGUGUGUGUGUGUGAAAGGGGGUUGAAUCCCACCUGAUCCCACCUCAGUGAGUCACUCUGAUAUUCAUAGACAGUUUAACACACGUGUUCCUGACAAUCACUUAUGGUCCAGCUGUUUGAACCGGUUUAGCGUCUUUACAUCGGUUUAAACUAACAAGGUUCAGACAUGCAGACCUCCGCAUCUCUGGCUCUAACCUCAGUCUGUGGACUAAAUGAUAAAAUCAGUCUGGAAACUCAGUGAUUUUUCUUUUGUUUUGUCCUUUAGAUAAAGAGUUAUGAGUUCACCCGACUGCUGAAAUGUUAAAGUCCUGAUCUUUUGUGAUGAUUGAUAAUAAAAAUCUGUUAACUUAUUAUACACAUGAGUAAUCCUCUUUAGUUUUUAAAGCCUGGAGGAAACAUCAGAACCAUUUAUAAAUGUACGAUUAUUUUUGUAAUUGAUAUGUCAGCUCUAGUCUUAGAGUGAGUGAUGACAGUCGUCCUCUAAGCCAGUUUGACAGAUUGUAUUUACUGGCACAAUAAUAAAAACUACUCAGAUCAUAAACAGUCCAUUAAAAAUUCUCACUUUCUGCUAAUACAGGAGGUCCUUGUGAACUGUACUUUCCUAAAUGAUCAUAAUGUUGUAUUGAAGUUGACUGUAAACCAAAGACUGAGACCAUAAACUCUUAACAAAAUGUUUGUGAAGGAAUAAAACAGCUGGGCAGGAGGACCAUUUUCUCAUAAACUUCCUUACCAUGAGGCGCCCCCUUCUGGAUAUCAGCGAGAAUGUGGGUUUAGAAACCUCACUGUCAGACCUGGGGGCUGUUGCCAUCUAUCUAAAGUACUGACCCAUAUGUGGUCAUGUCUUUACUAAUAGAGUUUCUAUAAUAUCUUUGCUCCCCACUAUUAAGCCUGUGUGUUCAGCCUGUAAUAUUUGGCAGCAGGUUUUUUCUGUUCAAACAAAAUGCAGCUUAUUGAUUUCAGCGAUCCGCGUCUCCAUCCUCACAGUCAAAUGAUUCCACUCUCUGCACUUUCCAAGUUAAAAAGUUCGAGUGAUGGAACGACACCAAGUUUGUCACUUUGGUGCAGGGGCUGGACCUGUAAUAGCAACCUACUGAGGAACCAAAGCAAAGGACAAAGACGAGUAUCACUGUGAUGAUGAUGAUGGUGAUGACAAUGAGGAUGAUUUUAUGAUGACAGUGGUUACGAUGAUAAAUACGGUGAUGAAGACCCUCUGUCUGUCUAUCUAUAACUACCGAAUUAGUUUUUUCGGAGUAGGAUUGUCAUAACUGUUGUCAGAAGCUCUCAUUCCCUCAGUGCAGUCAUUAAUAAAUACUUUUACAGUGCAGUGCUUAAAGUAUUCUUUAAUAUUGCAGUAGAGUUUGGGUAUUAUUCACAGUGCGGUAGAUGAUGUGUAUUUUUUUUUACAGUGCAGUGAAUCUAUUUAUUACGUUGCAUUGUCUGAAUUGAUUCUGAAACAGUGGUGGCUGUUAUUCCGUCAGAGCUGUAGUUUAUCAUUUAUACAGUGCAGCUGGUGAUAUAUAGUCUUGCCUGUGCAGUAGAUUAAGUUCUUUUUGUUGCAGUGCACAGAGUCUAUUUAUUGCGUUGCAUUGUCUGAAUCGUCUUGCGGACAGUAGCGGCUGUUAUUCCCUCAGUGUUGUCUGCAGGCCUGGGAGUGCGGUGUUAUUUGAGACCGAGGCCUUACAUGGAGACGGGCUGUCAGAGACACAGCGAGGACAUUUGUCCGGACAUUGUGAUGAGGCUGCAUCAUUAACUAUCAGCUUUUUAUAGUCUGCAGCCUGUUGUUCGAAUGUGAGCGACUGAAACAAUCUCUGGACAGCAGCCACAACUCCAGACCACCUUCACAUGGACUAGAACAAACUCAGAGAUCUCUGAGAGUCGCGAGAGUAAAGACAUGUAUACUAUGGGAAUCAAGACUGUACGAUAGGCUAAUCAGAUCAUUAUGAGCGUGAUACUAUACAGAGGGCUUAGUCAGGCUGUGUGAUUCCUUAUGAUUCAGUUUGUGCUCAGAGAAAAACACCUCAGUUUACUGCAUGACUAUGGCCCCAAGACAGUAGAGUCUACACAUACACACCUGAACACACCUUACUGAUAAACCUAAACAUACCUUACCAUAUCAUUGUUGUUGGGUGUUAAAGAGCAGUCACAAUGAUGACAGGUAAUAAAGCUGAUCCCUUUUUUGUGCUCUCUACACCACCACAUUUAUUAGACUACUUAAUUUCUUGUUUUCUGGAGUUUUCUGGCCCAUUCCUACCUAAUGUCAGUCCACCUCAUCAUCAAUAAAUACUAUAAAUACAUAUUAUUUGUCCCCCCAGUUUUGACUCAGAACACCUCAGGUCUAAACUAGAAAGUUACAUUUCAAUUCUGUUCUUUUAUAUACUCUACAUAUUCAGUUUUUCUACAGCUGCCUUUAAAGUCUGCUUAAUGCUGUAGGUGGAGCUUGACUUAAACCUGUCAUAUUGCUUGGACUCUUUUUGCUGUUAAAUUCAUGUGAGGAGUAUUUGUAGUAUAAAUCGUCUGAGUGACCAGGAUUAGUUUAGUGUCAUUUGUCCUGUAUGUGGCGCUGUGGUGGUGUCAUUGUGUCAUAAAAGUACAAACCUGUGUGUCAGUGUCUCUGUUGGGUAUUAAAGCAGCUGCUCAUUGUCAGACUGCUGGAAAUAUAACCUGGACAUACUUUUGCAUGUAGAAAUAAAACAAAGUUAUAAAUAAACAUUACUGUGUGUAAAAGUACUGACUUUCCUUCCUUUACCUGUGUGUGUGUGUGUACCUGUGUGUUAACCUGUGUAUCCCUGUGUUUUGUGCAGCUGGAGGAGGAGUUGCUGGGCCUGCAGAAGAAGCUGAAGGGGGUGGAAGAUGAGCUCGAUAAAUACUCAGAGUCUCUGAAGGAUGCUCAAGAGAAGCUGGAGCAGGCUGAGAAGAAGGCUACAGAUGUGAGUAGGGAGGGGUUAAAGGUCACAUGAGUCAGAUCACCUGAUCACAUACACCUAUUAUCAGUGUGGUCACAUGAUAGAACUUAACUACUAAGGAUCUUAAACAACUCAAACCAACAGAUCACCAGAUAAGUAGCCUAAACUGAGUUUGUAAUAUACCAUCAUAGGAGCGUUAUUGAAUCAUCAUUAAGUUUAAUCUACCACAAGGUCCAUAGUAUACCAUAAAUUCCUCUACAAUACUAUUAAAAGGUCAGUAACUAACCGUCAUUAGGGGUAGAAUAUAUCAUCAUCUAUCUAUAAUAUACCAGCAUUGUUUGUAAUACACCAUCAUUAGGCCUCUAAUUAACCAUCUUAAGGCCCCUUAUAAUAUACCAUUGUAAGGUGUAUGUGAUACCAUUAUAAAGUCUAUAACAUUCACUAAUUUCCCAGUGAAUAAAUCAUCAUACACACUUUUAUAAAUUCUUACAUGUACUGUCAUUAGACCUUUAAAAUAUCAUCAUUAGGUGUGUUAUAAACCACUAGUUUGUCUGUAAUGUAACAUUAUAAGGUCGAUUGUAUACCAUCAUUGGAUUUAUAAUGUACUAUCAUUAGGGUAAACGUAUACCAUUGUUAGGUCUGUGAUAUUCUAAAAUGUACAAUUAUCUAGUCUAAAAAAUACUGUCUUAAAGUCUAUGGUAAAACGUGAUUUAGCCAAUGAUAUACCCUCUUUCAGUCCAUAAUAUACUAUGAUUUAGUCACUCAUAUACCAUCUUUUAGUCUAUAGUAUACCAGCAUACAAUGAAUAAUAAAGCAUCAUUUAUAUAUCAUACCGUUAUUUUGUCUAUAAUUUCUAUAAUCCAUCACUUUUUGGUCAAAAUUCACCAUCUUUAGUCAAUAAUAUACCAAUCUUUGAUCUAUAAUAUACUAUCUUUAGUAGAUAAUAUACCAUGAUUUAGGUCAUACAUGUUAUAAAUGUCUUACUUUUGAGCUUUUAUUUGGUUUCUGGGUUUUAAGACCCUUUUACUUCAUCUUCAUUGUUAUAAAUAUUAGACACACAGAUGGAUGGGCUCCAAACAAACUUGACAGUAUCUCUGAUGUUGUGGUGUUAUUGUCUAGUUUAUCUCUUUAUCACUAUAAAAGAGAUUUUUUUAUUAUUCAGAUUUAUAGGAUAUUUUACAUUAAAAAAGUCCUUUUAUUUUUAAAAUGUUGAUGUUUAAGGGUCAAUUUUCCUCAGUGUUUGUCUACUCAGGCAAAGUUUGGUCCCUCUGUGCUCUCAGGAAAAAUCCUCUGAAAACACUGAAUAGAUUCUCUUAACAUUAACUGUCCCGAUAUCUUAACCACAGACAGAUUUUCUAUAAACACUGCAGUUUAUUUCAGCUCUGUGUGUGUUAUUAAUCAGGGCUGAUGCUCAGGAUGUUCUCUGUUCGGAUAUUUAAACAUGUCUGCAGGCGUGUCAGAGUUUCUGACCAUGUAUAGAACAGGAACGCAGGAGGAGAGGGAGUCUUAAUCCUGAGAGAGGAGUAAGACCUCCCUCGAAAGAUUUUACCAAACAUGGAUAAGAACCAGAGAGAGCCAGGCUUAAAAACCACAGUCUGCAGGGCCAAUACAGCGUAAAUACCCAGCUAUUCAAACAACAUCUCAACAAACUACUAUUUUACAUAGAAGUCAACAAUAUAAGUAACAGUUAAACAAUUUAACCACCAUCACAUCAAACCUCAGCAGAUUAUGAGUUUAUAAGUUUUUAGAAACUAAUUCAGCUCUUAAACAGAUUAAUCUGCAGAAUAAAUUCAGACUGCGCUCAGAGCUGUUUUGUUAAGGGAGCUAAUAAGUAGUGAUAUUUAUGAAAGAGCCGACUGACUCACUAAAAGGUCGAGUUAAAUCAUUGACUGCCUGAAAGAGUCGAGUUAAAUGAACCGACUCUCCGGAAAGGGCUGGACCUGUAACCUGAAGAAGAAGCACAUGUUGACUCUGUUGCUGUGGAGACAGGUAGAGUCAGGUGAGCAGCGGCAGCAAAGGUGAGUGCAGGUAGACAUGAUGGCGGCCUUCAGCUCCAUAGAAUCGGUCCGCAGAAAGAUCCAGAGUCUGCAGCAGGUGGCCUUUGAGGCUGAGGACCGAGCCGAGAUGCUGCAGGAGGAGGCCGACAUUGAGAGGGCGGCCCGGGAGAGGGUAACACACCUGAGAGCCGUACAGUUAAUUGAAAAAAAUACAUUUAAUCUAUUUUGUCUAUGCAAAUAUAAAUAUCAGGACACGGCGUUCAUGGAGAGACGGGUUACACACCUGAGAAAUAUACUGUUUAUGUUUAAGUUGUAUUUAUUUAAUGCAUCAAUUUCUAAAUAUGUGGAUCAAGAGCAGAGGACACAGAGAGGGUCAAACACCUGAGAAUAAACUCUAAAUGUAUUGAAAUAUAUUCAAUCAAUCAUCCAUUUUUUAAUAUGUGUAAAGAACAAGAGGAGACGAAGAGAGGAGUUGACAAAUCAACCAAACUAAAAACUCGGGUAUACUUGAAAUCAGGAGCUAAAUUAAACCUGAUGAAAAAGGAAGCACAGGAGUGAAGAGUGAAGUUUUUGCAGCCUCACGAAGCCUUCUCUCAGCUUCACUGGGAUAACUGUGUCUGUCCAUGUCUGUUUGUCUGUCCUUGUGUGUGUGUGUCCUUUAGGCAGAGGCGGAGGUGGCUUCCCUGAACAGGAGGAUCCAGCUGGUGGAGGAGGAGUUGGACCGAGCUCAGGAGAGGCUGGCAACAGCGCUGCAGAAGUUGGAGGAGGCAGAAAAAGCUGCAGACGAGAGCGAGAGGUGAGCACGUCUGUCGAUGUUCAUGUUACUCACAGAUAUGCUCAGGUACACUCACACUAGAAUCUGGAUCAGGUGUGGUAUACCUGACUGAGUUGUGAAGUCAGCCUUCACUCAGACUGUGAUAAGCAGGUAAAAGGAGCUCGCCUGUGGGCUGACCACCUGUCAGACAUAGUUCAUAUAUCUCUUAUGUUUUAUUUUGGAGGUAUUGUGAUAUUGUAAUUAUGUGUCAUGGUUGAAGUAUUUUGAUAUAUGGUAAUAUGUUAAAGUUUUUCAGAUACACACUGUAUCACACUUAGAUAUUUCAAAAGCUACACACAGCUUAAUGUUUCUACAGACUGACACACGGGCUAAAUUAAUCUGUAACUAAAUCAAUCUGAACUAAUAUCACUCUUACACCCUCCACCCCACCCCAUCUCCUUCCCUCCUUCUCCUCCUUUCCCCCUUUUUUACCCUUCCUCCUCCUCCCUCUCUCCCUACUCCUCUACCUCUCAGAGGAAUGAAGGUGAUAGAGAACAGAGCGACUAAAGAUGAGGAGAAGAUGGAGAUCCAGGAGAUGCAGCUAAAGGAAGCCAAACACAUUGCAGAGGAGGCUGACCGCAAAUAUGAGGAGGUGAUCAUAGACACCACACUUCCCUACACAAUAUUACACUACUACACUCUACUACACAAUACGACACAAUCAGACCAGACAAUAAUACACAGCUUUGCUCUUUGCUCUCAUGGGUGACAAGUCGAGACUACAGGCAGGCCAGUUUUAAAGUUCUUUACUUUUACAAGUUGUUUAAAAGUUAUUGCUGCAUCUUAAAGACAAUGUCAUAAAGAUGUCACCUUGCGAAUACACUGCAGAGAGAGAGAGAGCAUACAUUGCAAACCCACUUUUUGCGUCUCUGAGCAGCAGGACUCUUCUACUACUGAGCCAUGCUGUUGUAAUCCCUGCAGAAUGUGGUUUGUCAUUGUUUUGCUGAAAUAUGAAGGUCUUCCCUGAAAAUGUCUUGGUCUAGAUGGCAGCAUAUGUUGCUACUAAACCUGUAGAUAUUGUUCAGCAAUAAAGAAGCCUUCACAGAUGUUGAAGAUACCCAUGAACACUUAUGAUCCCUAUAUCAUCAGGGAUGAUGACUUUGAACUGUGAGCUGAUUACAAGACAAGUGGUCCCUCUACUCUUCAGAGAGAAGGAUGUAGUGUCCAUGACUUCUGUCCACAGGACAGUUUUCCUCUUCCCCUCCGUCCAUCUUGAAUGGGCUCAGGCCCAGGGAAGUCUCUGGUGUUCCUGGAUCAUGUUUCUAUCCGGUUUCCUCUUUGCACGGUUCAGUUUUAACCUCAUUUGUGGAAGCAGCGAUGAACUGUGUUCACAGACAAUGGAUUUUUAAGUGAUUUUGAGUCCAUGCUGUGAUUUCCACCACAGAGUCCUGUCUAUUUUCAAUGUAGUGCUGCAUGAGGGCCUGAAGAUCAGGUUCAUCCAGUCUUGGUUUUGGUCCUUGUCCCUUUAGUACAGAGAUUUUUCCAGAUCUUUUAAUGAUAUUAUAUUCUGUAGAUGAUGAAAUCCACUCAUUCUUUCACAUUUAACACUCAGGAACAUUAUUCUGAAACUGUUAAACUAUCAGCUCACACAGUCUCUCACAGAGUGGUGAACCUCUCUAAAUGUCAUGUUCCUAACCUGUUGGAAAUUGACUUGUGUUUAUGUGUGUGUCUGAUGUGUGUGUGUGAGUGUAGGUUGCUCGUAAACUGGUGAUUCUUGAGGGGGAUCUGGAGCGUUCAGAGGAGCGAGCUGAGGUGGCCGAGGCGUAAGUUUACACACUUGAGACACCUGAGACUCUCUGCAUUAUACAUGAUGUCAUAGUACAGGUCAUGUGACUGCUGCUGUCAGAGCCCAGGUCAUGUGAUCUUUACCCUGUGAAAGGUGUACCUGCAGCAGGUCAGACAAUGGCUGCGUACCUGAAGAUGGUUUCUGAUUGGUUCUGUGAACGGCUGUUUCUGAUCAGCUGGUCAUUUCUAAUAAUCUGAAUGGUUGAUUAUUAAACUGUCUGACAGCAGAAACUUACCUGGUUAUGUGACAGCAUCACCUCUCUUACACUGCAUGGCUGAAACUAACACACCCACACACCCGAGUGUACGAUAGAGGACUGCAUGCUGUGGACUCACCUGUUCAGCUUGUUGAGUUUGUCUAAUCCUGACUAACCCCCCUCCCAGCAGAGUGAGGGAUCUAGAGGACGAGCUCAGACUCAUGGACCAGAACCUGAAAUCAAUGAUGUGCGGAGAGGAAGAGGUACUGAUCCUAAUCCUAAACCUAAUCCCACACCGUAUCCUAAACCUGAUCCUAAUCUUAAACCUAAUUCUGAUCCUAAGCCUGUUCCUUAUCCUAAACCUGGUCUUGAUCCUGAUCUCAAAAUCAAUUCUGAAGCUAAGCCUGAUCCUUAUCCUGUUCUCUACCUAAACCUGAUCUGGAUUCUAAACCUGAUCCUUAAUCUGAUUCAUAUCCUAAACCUGUUUCUUCAUCAUGUCCUUACCCAAACCUGGCCCUGAUCUGAUUCCAGAUCAUAUCCUUAUCAGAUUAUCAUCAUUCUUGCUCUUAUCCUGACCACCAUCCCAGUCUUAAUCCUUAUUCUGAUCCUCAGAUGAUCCUGUCUCUGUGUUUCUAACCUAUUCUGUUGUGUCUCUGCUGAAAACAAUCUAACAGCUUCUUUUUUAUUUUCUGUUACUGAGGAUUAGGACAGAGGACGACAGCACAGAGACGUUAAAGCCCUUAUAAGGAUUUUUUUUUACAUUUAUGAAAUAGAUUGAGAUUUGCGUUGAUACCUUUUAGUGAUAUGCAAAAAUUAAACAAGACCAUCAGCAACAAGACUGAAGAUUUUUUUAUCCCUGUUUUGAAUUUUAAACCUUUUUCUUUUCUUUUCUUUUUUUUUUUUUUUUUUUUUUACAAUUUCUACAUAAAUAUUAAGAAUUAACGAUAUAUUUGACUGUCAAAAAUCAGAAGGAUCAGAUUAGCAUGUGGUGGACCAGAUACGCAAUAACUGCUCGUUCCACAGGGGGGUGCUAAAAUAGACACAAACAAAAAGUCCCUUACAAAAUCUUCAGUUUUUACAUGUAAACGUUAAUAUAUAGUGUUUGGAAGAGUUUGGCGUCCCUUGUCUGUAUUCGAAAGGCUUCGAAAGGUAUAUAUUUAUAAGAGCAUUAAUGUGAAAACAGUGAGUCACACUGAUGUAAACAGAGCCCAUCAGUUCUAUCAUUUUAACACUUAAGUCAUUUUAACUCCAAAAUCAUUUUAACCCUUUCAUCAUUUUAAUCCUUUCAUCGUUUUAACUCUCUGAGGAAGAGACAGACUUUGAGCUUCAGCUUUCUCAAAACUCUUUUCUUUGUCUUUAUCCUCACUUUCUUCCUCUUCCUCUUCCUUCCUUUCUCCUCUCUUUUCCUCCUCCUUCUCCCCCCUCAGUAAAUCAGGUGAUCUGGAGGAAGAGCUGAAAAAUGUCACCAACAACCUGAAGUCUCUGGAGGCUCAGGCAGAGAAGGUACUUUAAAGACCGACAAAGCCUGAGAGCCCACACACACACACACACACACACACACACACACACACACACACACACACACACACACACACACACACACACACAGUCUUGGUCUGUACUGAUAUAUAACUUUAAACACACUCUCAGAGUCUGUAUCUGAGUGAGGAGAGCAGACUGUGCUCAGACUGAGAUUGUGUUUAUUCACACUGUUUAAAAUAUAUAUGUGUGUGCGUGUGUGUGACUGCUGAUGUUGAUAGUUGUCUGAAAGUUGGUGUUCAGAGUAAACAGUUUGAGCCUCUGAAAAAAAACAGAUCCAAUCUCACAGCAAUGAAUCACUUAGCGACUCUGACUCACACUCAUCUGUUUCCAUCUUUUCUAUUGCGAUGAAUAAUGUGUGUGUGGUUGUGUGUUACAGUACUCACAGAAGGAGGACAAAUAUGAAGAGGAGAUCAGAGUCCUCACUGAAAAACUGAAAGAGGUAAAAUCAUCAUCCAGAGCCUGUGAAUUUAGGAUUAUAUUCAUAUUUUUUUGUGUGUUUUUGUGAAUAAUUUUUCUGUGUUUCAGACUGUUACCUGUCCUCACACUCUCUUCUUUAAAUACAUUUCUUUGUACUGUGUUAAUGCUGCAUAGCCCCCUGCUGGCUUGAAGAUGAACUGCAGACUGACUGACAUUAAUGUCCUCUUAGCGUGAAUACUACUGAUAAUCAACUGUGUUUACUCUCUCUCUCUCUCUCUCUCUCUCUCUCUCUCUCUCUCUCUCUCUCUCUCUCUCUCUCUCUCUCUCUCUCUCUCUCUCUCUCUCUCUCUCUCUCUUUCUGUCUGUGUAUGUGUGUUCAGGCUGAGACUCGUGCAGAGUUUGCAGAGAGAUCUGUGGCCAAACUGGAGAAGACCAUUGAUGAUCUGGAAGGUAAAAAAACUCUCUCUGAGUUUGUCUGUGGUUAUUUCUGUCCAAGUGAAACACCUUUACUCAGGGGUGGGGAUCACAGGGCUGCACGGUUGUGCACAGAUGUUCAGUGUGAGAGGAGUGAAGACCCGCCUCCUCUUCCAGACUGAGACCUGAGUACAGAGACCUGAUUACAGACUUCAUCAUACUGAGAGUUCUGCCUGUAGAUCCAGGAUUUCUUUAAAAUUUAGUUAAAUUGAAACAGACCUCUAAAAUUAUUCCAGAUUAUUUAGGUUAAUCCAGUUCACACAGGUUAAUCAGAUUACUCAGAUUAGUCAGGAUCACUGAUAUUACUUUAGAUCACUUAGAUUAAUCCAGAUAAUUUAGAUCAAUCAAGAUCACUCAAAUUGUUCCAGAAUUUAAUCCAGAUCCCUAGAUUUAGUCCAGAUCAUUUAUCUUAAUCCACAUCACUCAGAUUAAAACAGAUUACUAAAAUUAUUCUAGAUAUCUCAAAUCAAUCUAGAUAAAUCCAGUUUUUCCAGAUCAUUUUAAUGAAUCCGGACAAUUCAGCUCAAACCAGAUCAGUCAGAUUUAUCCAGAUCACUCAACUAAAUCCAGAUUACUCUGAUUAUUCCAUAUUACUCAGAUUAAUUUAGAUUAUUCAAACCAAUCCAGAUCACAUAGAUUAAUCCAGAUAAUUUUGAUCACCAAGAGGGUAAAGUUCAGUCGAGAUCCUUACUUAGAUUUAGAUCACAGAUCACAAGAUCACAUAGAAAAAUCCAGAUCAGUGGAACCAGAGAUACUUUGAGGAUGAUUAAAUAAACCAGCUGUCUGAUGUUAUUCUAUCAGUCCUUCAGUUUGAACCUUUUAACUGUUUUUUUCUCAAUUUCACUUCCUGUUUUUCCACUUUCUCCUUCCUUUGUGUGUGUGUGUGCGUGUGUAGAUGAGGUGUAUGCUCAGAAGCUGAAGGGUAAAGCUCUCAGCGAGGAGCUCGACCUCGCCCUGAACGACAUGACCACCCUGUAGCUGCUCACUCACUGCCUCACCUGCUGUCCUCACCUGCUCACUGCACCUGUGUUUUCAUCCUGUCUUUCUCUUGUGUGUGUAUGUUUUUGUGCGUGUGUGAGUGCGAGAGUGUUGUCUGAUCACGUUAGAGCCCCUCCUCUGUAAUAAAUCUAUUAAAGCUCUCCGACUUCCUGUUUCCUCCUGUCUUCUUCUUCUUCUUCUUCUUUAUAUUUUUAGUCAUUGCUGUUUUUGCAGACUGUUGUUAGACCAUAACAGAUAGAUGCAGUAAAUUUAUUCAUUCUCAGUUCCCAGUUACUUCAAAUGUCUUGACAAAGUUUUUUUGUUUGUUUUGUAAGUUAACCUUAAAAAGGUCAAAUUUCAUGUAUUCACUGUAUGCAUGGUGGAAUAUCUGCAGCCUUUUUCUAUUUUUAUGUUGAUGAUUUGGCUCCUGAAAAUUAGAAAUUCAAUAUUACAAAUAAGAAUAUUUUCCGAGAUCAACCAUAAAACAAAGAUAUGUCCCUCUUCUGUAAAGUUCCUUCAUUUCUUCCCUCUGUCUUUAGUUGGGACUCCUUUCAUAUGAUUUCCUACAUCAGUGUGAUGUGUCGGUGAUCAGCCUGUAGCUCAGCUGGGGUGUUACUGAAGUCCAACAUGCUGUGGGAGCUCCCACUUGAUAGCUGAUUUUUCUCACCUUCCUCUGACAAAUAUCCAAAAGAUUCUCUCUGUGGUUCACCUUAGGCCAGCUGGGUAGACAAUCAAGCACAGUAAGAUAAUGGUUGGUUAACCAUUUGGUAGCCAUUUUGGCACUGUGGGCAGGUGCUAAAUUCAGCCGGGUAAAGAAAUCUGUAUCUUCCAAAGCUUGUCAGCAGAUGAAGCAUGAAGUGCUCUAAAAUCUCUGAAGGACGGCACACCAGAAUCCUCACAGACUGUGGAAACUUCACACUUUGUUCUAAUGAAAUGGACACUAUAUUUGUAUUUCUCACACUCACCACCACCUAAUGUGUCUUCAAUAGUUAAUCUAAAGUUCAAAAAUCAUUAAAUAAUGAUUAAAUAAAUAAAGAAGCUUCCUGACAGUAGAGCUGAUGGCAGAGCGGUUGGUUUGGGAUGCUUAGGUGUUCCUAAUGUUAUGGCCGACCUGUCUAAAAGAGAGAGCAGUGGUUGGAGCGGAUUUCUUGAUGAUGUAAUGUCAUAACCUGUCCAGCAGAGGGCACUUGGGGACAGGGAUGUCUCAAGGGUUUUCGUUGACUACGCUAAAUAAUAACAAUAACAUAUCACAAUAUUUUCUCCUCAGAUACAACCGGACUGAAAGAGAUACUGAGGGGAUACAUGAUGAAUGAGUGAGUGAGUGAGUGAGUGAGUGAGUGAGUGAGUGAGUGAGUGAGUGAGUGAAAGGAUAAAUGAACGAGUAAAUAAAUAGAAUAUAACAAGUCAAAGGAGAAAUUAUUUUGAAAUUAUGGAAGGAAAUUGUGAUUAUGUAUUUAUUUGUUUAUCUAUCUAUCUAUCUAUCUAUCUAUCUAUCUAUCUAUCUAUCUAUCUAUCUAUCUAUCUAUCUAUCUAUCUAUCUAUCUAUCUAUCUAUCUAUUAAUUUGUUUGUUUGUUUUAACCAGUUCAAGUCUCACACAGAACAGACCUAUAUAUCUGUGCCGCCUGCCUGUGCUCUGAGCAGGUCUCACCUGUGUCUUUCCUCCUGCAGAGAAACUGGCUCAGGCCAAAGAGGAGAAUCUUGAUAUGCACCAGGUCCUGGACCAGACCCUGCUGGAGCUUAACAACAUGUAGACAUCUGAUCCCUUACCUGAUCCAGACCUGAUCCAAACUUAAUCCAAAACUUAAUCAAACUCUUCACCAGUAACCUGCCCAACAACCUUACCAGACCUGUCCAGGUAUGUGUGAUCAGAUGUUUAAGCAGGUUUGCGAUCAGAUGUUUGAUCAGGUGUUGGUUGACUGUUUGGUGGACAGAUGGACUCAAAGAGAAGAAAAGGGUUAAAUUUGAGCUGUAGCUCCAGAGUUCAUGUUAAAAUCAGCUGUUUUAUAAAAACAUGUUAUUCUGAGGAUUUGUUUCAGUCAGAGAACAAAUAGCUGCUCUACAUAAUUAAACUCUGUUUAUUAAACUGUUUUUAUCAAUAAAAGUUCCUGUUUUCACCAAAAAUGUCUCAUCUCCUCUGAAGGUUCAUCAUUUCACUUUCAAGAUCAUCUUAAAUAGAAGUUUGUAUUUGCAGUAAAAGCUUAAAGGUUCUUGCUUCAUCUAAAAGCUCUAAUCUUCACCUAAAAGCACCGAACUUUACCAUGCUAAACUUGAUUAACAGGUCUGAUCAGCAGUGAAAUUUUCUUCUUUGGAAAGUAGUUCUAACAGUUAGUAAAAAUAAUUAUUGGUGAAUAUAAAGAUGAAAUGAAAAGGAAGAAAGAUAUCAGUGAAAGAUGUUAUUUUCAGUAAAAGGUUAUAGAUGUGGUCUUCGACGGACCGACCCAAUACUGACUUGAUCUGCACGUCUUUUCGACAUCCAAUGUUUGGUGGUUCAGCAGAAAAGUAUCAGUCCCAACUCCAAGGCCA